UCAAACCACGGAAAUUCGUCAGUGCUUGUCGUUGCACACCGCCUGAGUAACACACGUGAGAAUAAAAAGUCUGAACUCAUCUAAAUUACAAAUACAGACACCUAGAUACUUUUUAGAGAUGACAGCGCAGGAGGUGCGUCUGUGUGGGCUGCUGCUGCAGGAGCACUUUGGAGACGUGGUGGAAAAUGUGGGCACUCAUCUCAUACGCAAUGGAGUUCUGACCUUGAGAGCUCUUGCCCAAGAGACCAAACUGGCUCUUGACCUGGUCAAGAAAUCUCUGUGUGUGCUGGUGCAGCAUGGGAUGUGUGCGUUUGGUCCAGGUCGUCGUGGCCCAGUGGGACCUGUGGAGUAUCAUAUCAACUGUGAGCACAUCAUACACAUGCUCCGUUAUCCACGCUACAUCUACACUGCCAAGAGUCUGUAUGGGGACACGGGAGAGCUCAUUGUUGAGGAGAUCCUGCAGAGAGGCCAGAUGACCAUGAGCAGCACAGUCAAGACUGUAGCAGACAGGCUGACCCACAACAUGCCAGAGGGUCAGAGUAUGGACUACAAUGAGGUUGUCUCAGCAUUUUCCCGGCUGGUAGAGACUCAUUUUCUGCAGCGCUGUCCUCCAAUGGCCUCAGCAGGAUCGUCAGGCUCUGGAUCAGCAGAAACUCCUCCAGCUGUAACACAGCCCUCUAACCCAGAGAGCCACCCAGACUGCUACAAACUACCCUACAUCAGUCUCUCCGGUCAAGGAAAACGCAGGCGUUCGAGUGAGGAUGGUGAAGCAGAUCAGCGUGCGGCAAAAAAAGCCAAGACAGAUAGCAGGGAGUGCGGGGAUGAAGGAAUCCAAUGGCAGGUGAAUUUUGAACGCUUUCACUUGCAUUUCAGGGAUCAGGCCAUCAUCAGUGCUGUUUCCUGUAAACUCGAUCAGACUAGCGGUGAGAUAGUCAGAACUAUGUUGCGGAUGAGUGAAGUUACAACGCCGACUAAUGCUGCUUUCACACAAGCUCUUUCAGCCAAUGAGAUUUUUCGAGCUCUUCCAUCCAAUUACAACAUCGCUCGGCCAAUUUUAGACCAAUACCUCACUCUCCUGGUUGAUGAUCCGAUGGAGUUUGUGGGAAAGGCAGGUGACAGUGGAGGAGGAAUGUAUGUUGUCAAUCUCCACAGAGCACUAGCUAAUCUGGCCAGAGCUACACUGGAGUCUGUGGUCCAAGAAAGGUUUGGUUCCCGUUCAGCUCGCAUCUUUCGCCUGUUACUACGGAAACGUCACUUGGAGCAGAAGCAGGUGGAGGAUUUUGCCAUGAUUCCAGCCAAAGAGGCCAAAGAAAUGCUCUACACACUCCUGUCUGAGAACCUCGUCCAGCUACAGGAAAUCCCCAAAACACCUGAUCACGCACCCUCUCGAACCUUCUACCUGUACACCGUUAAUCAGCUGCCCACCGCUAGACUACUUCUGCAACACUGCUAUAAGUCAAUUGGGAACUUGAUUGAGCGGCGGCUGUAUGAGACCAAAGAGAACAAGCGACUUUUGGAGAAAUCUCAGCGGAUUGAGGCCAUCCUAGCAUCCUUACAGGCGACCGGUGCGGAGGCGACACAGCUCACCGAGGUGGAGGAGAUGAUCACAGCUCCAGAGAGACAGCAGCUGGAGUCCCUGAGACACCACAUUAACAAGUUGGAUUCCAGUGAAAACCAGGUGGACGAGACCAUAUUUCUUCUUGAAUCCUACAUCAACUCCACACAGGCCUCUCGCUGACUGGAGACUAGUUUAGGAUGUAAAAUAAGUGGAUAAAGUGACAUUGUCCAACUGAGAUGUUUAUUUCUUUUGCUACAAAGAGUGACCGAUUUGUAUUUAAUCAUAUUGUGUGUUUGCGUGUAGCUGCGAAUGCAAUUUAGCAUCUUUUUUCACAUGUGGAAAAUAUAAAAAAGUGUAAUUCUGUUUUAUUUAAUGGCUUACAAAAGUUUUAUUUAAUAAUUAGUUUGAAUGUCAAAAAUGCAAAAACAAUGUACAAACCUGAAAUAAACAUUAAAACAGA